AUGAAGAAGAAUAAGCUUAGAGUCGAGACUAUAAAGAAGAAGAGAAAUUCAAUGGAGAAGUAUAUGAAGAACGAUAUUGCUAUGCUUCUCAAUAAUGGCCUUCUUUACGAUGCUUAUUGUAGGGCAGAUGGCCUUCUGAUUGAGCAAAACAGAACAGAAUGUUACAAUUUCAUAAUGCAAUUUACAGGGUGCAUCUCAAAGCAUGUUUCAAUCAUGCAAAAGAAGAGAGAAUGUCCUGAGGAAUGCAAAGAAGCAAUACCAUCUCUGAUAUACGCUGCAGCUAGAUUUGCUGAUUUGCCAGAACUACGUGAACUAAGAGCUUUAUUUACCAAGAAAUAUGGAAAUUCCUUAGAACCCUAUUUAAAUCAAGAGUUUGUGGUUAAGUUAAAGGCAGAACCUCCUACAAAGGAGAUGAAACUUCUGUUGAUGUACGACAUAGCACAAGAGUUUUCUAUUGAAUGGGACCCCAAAGCUUUGGAACAAAAACUAUUUAAGCCACCUCAAAUGGAGCAAAAUGAUGCCCAACAUAAGUCCUUAAACGAUAACGUUGAUGAUGGAUACAAGUUGCUUGAUACCAAGCAUGAUACCUUCCAAAACACCAAAAAUUUUGGUGCUGAUGAGAAUGAUACUAAUGACAACAUCAAGAAGCCUACAAGACCAAUUGGUAAUAACACUAACUCAACUAAUAAAAGUAAACCAAGAUUAACUAGGAUGAAACGAAAGGAAUCACUUGGUGGGGUUGCAAGUAUGAGUCCAACUAAAGAAAAUGGUGAAAAGGAAUCUGAAAAAAAUAUGCAUUUUGGUAACACAAAACCAUUAGCUUAUGAGACCAAUGAAGGCUCAAGGUCUCCUCCAUGUGGAACUCCAAUAAUUCCAACAGAUACAAUGGGAAGAAGGCACAAUCGAGUCCCCUCGUUUCAACUAGGUAUAUUAAGUAAGCAUGUGCAUCCUAAAUUACCAGAUUAUGAAGAUUUGAUAAUUCAACUCGCAUCUCUACGAAGAGAUUAA